AUGGCGUCUACUUUAUCAAGUGAGAUAAAAUGGAAUGCCCUUAUUCACAUGCUAUAUAUGAUCCCAUGGAAAGCCCUUCUCCCCCUCAUGGCACGAACCGUAUUCGAUAUAACACUGAAAGUUCACCGUGAGGUUCAAAAGAGAGACGUUGAAGCUGCCUGGAAUUUAUUAAACUGGAUUCUCCAUCGGCUUGACAAGAUGAAACCAGCUGCUCAGAUUCAAGCAGGCGGUCCGAUGCAAUAUUCCGGUAAUACAAUCAGAAUACCAAGCAAGCGUUUGGCAUACCCGACUGUGUCAAGGCUGUUGAGGCGUCAAGUGCCUGUGAUGAGUAAUAUGAAGUGUUCACAGUUGGUGUACGGUGAUAAUGGUGUUGCGAAGGGAGUGAUUCGCGAUGAUAUAAUGCAAUGGUUGAGUCAUGGGUAA